AUGUUGUCUCGAUCCGCUCUUUCGACUCUUUCCAAACGAUCACUUCUGAAUGGCCGAAUGACAACGCCAUCGGCGGCAGCAUCCGCUCGCUUUGUGCACAUUGAGAAGCGUCUGGAAGAAUUGGGCAUUACACUUCCUCCAGCAUCCGCUCCCAAGGCGAACUACGACAUUUGCUGUUAUGCCCAAGGCAAUACAAUGUACGUUUCGGGACACCUUCCCCUCAACAGCAACGGAGACCUUACCACGGGAAAGAUUGGCCCGGAAGGCGAGAGCGUGGAACAUGGCUACGCAGCAGCCCGUCAAGCUGGUUUGGCAAUUGUCUCCACUCUCAAGGCACAGCUGGGGGAUCUCGAUCGAGUGGAGCAGGUUGUCAAGGUCUUUGGCAUUGUUCAAUCCACGGAUUCCUUCAAAGAACAACACCUGGUAAUGAAUGGCUGCUCGGACGUCUUGAUGGAAGUAUUUGGAAAAGAAGCUGGGUACCAUGCUCGUAGUGCCAUUGGAACCAAUACACUCCCGUUGGAUGUGUCGGUGGAAAUUGAGGCCAUUAUUCAAUACAAGGAUUGA